AUGGCACACGUGAACCUCCUGGUAUACCUCCUUAUGUGCCCCUUUAAUGUAAGGCACAUGCUCGAUGCACCCAGCUUCGCAUUCCGAUUAAGAAGCAAAAGAGCAAAGGAUGAAACAUUUAUGUAUGGAGCGAGUGGAGGGGAGAAUCUGCAGAAUUACUAUCCCCCACAUGAUGAAGUGUACAUGUUCGAGCUAGCCAAAAUAUACUAUGAAUUUAUGUUAAAAUAUAAGAUGGAUGUUAGACAAGGACAGGAAGAGAAUUACGAUUUGGUGGUAAGCUCCUUUGGGAAGGAAUCUAACAGGGGGCUCUCCCUCCAAACCGUCCGGGUCACAAAUGAUGUCAUAUACUUGUCCUAUCAGAACGUGCAAAAAGAAAGUGGGAUCCAUGUUAAGUUAAAUAGGGGUAAAAUAUCUACCUAUUUGGACCUCCUAAGGUUUGACUCUUGUUUGUAUAAGCUCAACUCAGAGGAUUACAAUUUAAUGAAAAGAGCAUCGGACCAUAGCAAGCCAGUAAUGCUCAGUACAUAUCACAUAUAUAUUCUACUGACGGUAUUUUCUCUUUGCACUUAUGUGGAGAAAAGUCUACUCCUUGAAUUUCCAGCGUUGAAGAAGUAUCACGUAUUUCUAACCCUAUGUUUGGUGUUCUUCCCAAUAAUUAGUUACCUUUUUUUUUUAUAUAUUUAUGUGAGCAUAUUUGGAGUGUUACUGAUUUAUGCGUUUUUUUACGCGCUUUUUCGGACCCUCUCUCGUAGAAGGAGGGGGAAGGGGGGGGGUCAUCAAAAUGAUAACCAAAUCGGUAACCAAAAUGGCAACCAAAUUGGCAACCAAAUUGGUAACCAAAAUGGCAACCAAAAUGGUAACAAGAACGAUCAAAAUACCGAUGAGUACACGGAUCAUCGCAGAAGCAGCAUUGGUAACCCACAAGGAGAAGUGGAAACGCAAGAAGCAAGACGGAACAAAUGUUUGGUCCACAUGAGACUAGCUAACCUAUGCAUUACCUACGUAUGUAUAUUCGCUGUAGACUUUUAUUUUUUCCCAAGACAAUUUUCCAAGUCGUUUUUUUUUGGUAACACUUUGAUGGAUUUAGGGGUCGGAGGGUGCAUCACAUCCAGUGCAUAUUCUCUAAACAGAAAGAAGAUUCUUCACUCCACGAACCGCAGGGGAGGCAUAAUCGAGUGGAAGUAUUUCUUCUUAUUUUUCCUCGGAAUAGCUAGAUACAUUGCAGUGAAAUUAUUCAAUUAUAAUUACAGCUUAACUGAGUAUGGGAUGCACUGGAACUUUUUUCUCACUCUCUUUUUUACACUCCUAGUUUGUAACGCCCUACUCACCUUAAUAAAAAGGAUUAGGCAUAUCUUUCUCCUUAGCUGCGUUCUUAUCUGUGUGUAUGAAUUUUUUAUUUGGCACCUAAACAUUACGAGUUACUUCCUGGAAGACCAUACAGAACGGACCCACUUUUUUUCCUUGAACAGAGAGGGCCUUAUGAACGUCAUUGGGUCCAUCAAUCUGUACCUCUUUUCUUUUUCCCUUUGGAAUGGAUAUGUGAUGCAGGAUGAGAUACAACAGGGGAAGGGAGAGCAGUCAGAGGGAUAUAUUCAGCUCUCCCCAGUUUGCUUCACCCUGAAAUUGUUUACCAUGUCCCUCAUGUUCUACCUGAUACACCUCCUUUUGAAUUAUUACGGAAACUACAGUGUGCGGAUUUUGUGCAACGCGAACUACAUAUGCGUUAUUUCCUCUGUGAGUCUCUUCGCCGUUGCCCUGAGUUACCUGGUAGAGGCAAUACUCCUACGCGAGAAGACCACCGCCAUCCCAGUUUUACAAAAAAUGAAUAGACACACCCUUGGAGUUUUCCUCUUUUGCAACAUAACCAUGGGUACUUUCAACCUUCUGUUUCAGUCCCUUCUGUUUCCUCUAUUUUUCGCAUGCAUCAUCUUGGCGGCAUACUCAUAUGGUAUGCUGUGCUUCGCGUCCAUGUUGCCUGGCCCCGCGGAAAGGGAAAUGAAGAAGGAGAAACAUUACUAG